ACCGCCGGCCAGACGAGAACGAUUCGCGUCGCGACUUUGAUAGAUUAAACUUGGGAAUCUUAUCGCCAUUCGGAGCACUCGAAGAUGUGGUCACUGCCAUAAAUCUCAACGCGAGUGAUUAGAAACCCAGAGUUACCGAGUUCCAGUUGCAGUUCCAUCGCGAUCGCCCUCGAAAGCAGACGCAAUGUCGGUGUCCUGGUCCAAGACCUUCGUGACCUUCGCCGUCGCCUGGCUGAGUGCCCUGUGCCUGCUGCCCGUGGAGACGCACUGCGACACCUCCUACUACGAGAAGUACUACGCGGCCAGGCGCUAUGUGCCCCUCAAGCGGAAUGCUCCGCUGAUCUUCAACUUUACUUUGACCCUGGUGGAUGUGGACCACUGGGCCUCCUUCGAACGACCCGCCUUGGUGGGCAACCUGCCUGUUCUGGGCUCCUGGCAGGCGGGUCAGGCGCUGCUCCUGAAUCGCACCUCCAGCCACAAUGUGUGGACGGGUAGCGUGGAAAUCCCCCAGAACAGCAGCGUGGAGUAUCGCUACUUUGCGGCCACAGUUGGCCAAUCUGGAGGAGUAGUUCACAUUCGCCGCUGGGAGUCACAUGUCCAGGCGAGGAGCUUCAACACCACCAAGUUCAAUGGCAAUCGCAGCGAUGAGUUUGGACUGAUAGGAGGAGAGCGACAGUUGAGUCGUGGAUGGCUGCAGGAUUCAGGGAAUAUCCUACAACUGAAGGUGUUCCGUGAAGCUAUAAGUUUGGAGGAGGAGCAGGGACAGGGAAAACUGCGACUGCGCCUGCAGCCAGUGGAUCCCAAGAGCCUGUCACCCAUCCUGGGAUCAGCUAGAGCCAGUGUGGAGUAUGUAAAGAUGUCGUAUGGAGAUAGUAAACUUCGCGUUCCCCCUGAAUAUGGAGUGCCCUAUGCCUCGGGCGAUAUACUCAUGUUCCAUGUGAGUUUGGAACAGCUAGAGAGAGUGGGCUAUCUCCUGGAAGUCUAUGCGGAGCAGGAGGAGGAGCACCUGGUUCGCCUGCUGGGCUACGCCCAUCUCCUGCCCGCCUCUAUCGCCGCCAGCGAGGGAAAGAUCUCCCUGGAUCUGAUAUCCCCUCUGUGGCAACGCGUGGUGGGUAGCCUCCAGUUGGAAUACCUGCUCAUCCGACCCAUGGAGAAGGAUUCCUUUGAUUUGCGCACCAGCUUUGCCAACUACUGGCGAUCCAAUUGGACAGCCCUGGAGAUUGGCCAUCGUGGAUUGGGCAAAUCCCUCACAGUAACUACGAAUGCGGCUCCUCUGAUCGAGAACACGGUGGCCUCCAUGCUGGCCUCUGCCGAGUUAGGGGCCGAUCUCGUGGAGUUCGAUGUCCAGCUGACCAGCGACCUGGUGCCCAUCAUCCAUCACGACUUCUCCAUUCGCGUGUGCAUCGAUUCCAAGACCCCCACGAGUAGGGAUGACCUCACCGAAGUGCUGCUUAAGGAUAUAUCCUAUGAGCAACUGAAGGACCUAAAGACCUACCAGAUUGUGGGCAAUAAGAUCGUGGAGUAUCCGGCGCACAACAAUGUGGAGCCGCCGGAGCAGCGACUCUUUCCCACGCUGCAGGACUUUUUCGAGCGGGUGAAUCAGAGCACGGGCUUCGACAUCGAGAUCAAGUGGCCGCAGCAGAAGGCGGAUGGAUCCUUCGAGAGUGAGCAGACGCUGGACAAGAACCUCUUCGCGGAUCGCAUCCUGGCGGUGGUGCGACGACAUGGCUGCGGACGUCUGAACGUGAUCAAAAGCUUCGAUGCGGAUCUGUGCUCCCUGCUGCGCUUCAAGCAGCACAUGUACCCGGUGCUCUUCCUCUCCAGCAGCAAGGAGAACUCCUUCACCGAUCCGCGAACGAGCAGCGUGGAGCAGAGCAUCAACUUUGCCCAGGCCCUGGAUUUGGGAGGCGUCUCGCCCAAUGCCGUGUUUGUGAAGGCGGAUCCUGGAUUGGUUCGCAAGGCCUUGGAUCAAGUGCCUAUUGUUUUGCUCUGGGGCUCGGACCUCAAGGAUCGCGAGUCCAUCGACUGGUUCCUGCAGCAGGGACCCACUGGCGUGAUCUACGAUCGACUGGACUUGUGGCUAAGGGAUGCCAACCGGACGAGCGCCUUCGAGGCGGAACAGGACCUUCCCGGCUACUUCCAGCUCCAGUGCGAUCCGGCGCCCAAGGAGCGCGAGGUCAAUGCCACCAUCGAGAGCAUCCUGAGUAACGUUAACUUCCUGUAGUCCCCGAUUUCUGUAGCGACCCCCUCAAAUGUUAUAUAAUCCAAGCAAUAAACGAACUAGAAAGGA